AUGCCUCCGAUAGCAGGCCAAAGCCUCCUAGUCAUCGGCGGCACAUCCGGGAUCGGGGCCGCGGUAGCCAAGCUCGCCGCCUCCUCUGGCGUGUGCGUGUCCGUCGCCUCGUCGAACCCGAGCCGGGUCAAAAGCGCCGUCAAAGCGAUCCAGGACGCCGUCCCCGGCGCCCGCAUCAACGGCUACGUGUGCGACGUGAACCACGACGACGCCGAGUCCAGCAUCGAGCAGCUGCUCUCCGACGUCACCAACGCCGACGGACGACCCCUCGACCACAUUGUGUACACGGCCGUCGUGCUGGACGUGCGUCCCGUCGCCGACGUCAACAUGAAGUACCUGCGCGACAGCAUGCAGUUCGGAUACGUAGUACCGCUGCUAAUCGCAAAGCUAGCGCCGCGCUACGUGACCCAGAGCUAUACGUCGUCGCUAACCUUCACGAGCGGCCGCGUUGCCGAGCGACCUGUUAAGGGUAUGGCGGUCGCCUCGGGCUGGGGUGCGUCGCUCUUCGGCACCACGCGCGGUCUCGCGCUGGACCUUGCUCCCGUACGUGUUAAUCUCGUGAGUCCCGGUGCCACUGACACGAAGAGCGGCGAGGAAUGGACUCGGUGGGUGGAGAUGAUGGCUAAGACUUCCUUGCUCGGAAAAAUCGGGACUCCUGAGGAGGUCGCAGAGGCGUAUAUUUAUCUGAUGAGGGAUACUAACAGCACGGGAAGUUGUGUAAGUACAAACGGGGGUAUCUUAGUUCAGUAG